AUGCCAGACCGGAGCCAGAUCUCAGCAGCCGCUGGCCACACGCCGCGUUUCGCGGGGAAGGAGCCGCACCGCCACGCUGCCGGGGAGAGGGGCGGCCACGCUGCCGGGGAGAGGGGCGUGAAGAGGGGGAGGCAGCGGCUCGCCCCGGCUGCACAGAGAGCCCCCGCCGGCACAGAAAUCGCACGAAAUAAAGAUAAAAUAAAACACAAAGCUCGAGGGUGGAGACUGCUUCCCCACCGGCGGCAGCUCCGGCGCAGAGGAGGGACUGCGGCGAGGCGGGGGGCUGCACCCCGCUGCGGCGAGGCAGAGAGCCCCGGGCCAGGCAGCGCAGAGGUCCCGGCGUGGUGCCGGUGGCGAGGAACCGAGGGACAACACAGAGGCGGCGGGGAGUACCCGGCCAGGAAGGUGCGGGGUUGGGGCGGCGGGGCGGACCGCGAGGACCCAGCUGGCUGCCGAAGGCCCCGCGUCGCUGGCGGGACGGUUGCGGAGCAGGACCCCCCGCUCACCCUCCCCAGCGAGCCCCUGGCAGGCACCCACCCCAGCCUCUCCUGCCUGGCUCACCGGCUGGGGCUAGAGCGGCUGCCUGCGCAGAGCACCCACGCUGCCGGCGGGGAAAAUCACCAGCGGCACGGGGCCCCCGCGCAGCACCGGCACCCCGGGUUGCGCACGUGGUGCCGCCCUCCCCGGGACCAGGGACGAUGCCAGCGUGUCCUGGUCCCUUCGAGCAUCCGGAUGCAGCCACGUCCCCGCGGCAGGUCCCAGCGAGCCGAGGAGGCGGGGGCGGCCGCGGAGAGGCCGGACGGGACUCCUUUGGGGAGAGGUCAGCCAGCGAGCCGGCCGCCACACCGGCGGGCGCCCGCCCCGCGGCAGCACCGCUCGCCCCCCGGGGACAUGCGGGACCCCCCUUCCCAUGGGAAGCUUGGCCCCUCCCGGGCUGCUGUUUCCACCCCUCCUGCUUCCCACUGCCCAAACUGCUCCCGAAGCGAAGGUGGGACCUGGGAGCAGCCCCCGUGGGCACCAGGCACGGCACCGAGCGUCCCUCCCACAGGGCGGCAUCCCGGAGCGGCCCGUCCCUUGGGGUACGGCUCCCAGGACAGCGGGGCUGCGGUGGCCUCGGCCAGCUCGGGCUGCGCCCAGGAGCUGCUGCGGCCUGUGCCGGGCCGCGGCUGGGGCCGGCACCUGUGGCAGCACCGGGAGGACGGCAUGGGCACUGACAGUGGUGUGCAGAGGUACCGGGAGCGCUGCACGGGCAUCAACGGCGGCAUGCAGAGGUACUGGGGGUGA